GGGCUCGGAGCGGCGGCCGCGACCAUUGGCGGCUUUGAAGGCGCAGCGGGCGCCAACGGCGGACUGAGGAGCGACGCUGAGGGCCACGAGAGCGGUGCCAGAAAGAUGGAUGAGACUCUCGCCGAGUUUCUCAGGAGGAUCCUCUGGAAAAUCCCCAUAAUUGAAAUGAUGCCUGUCCUAAAAGCCUGGGAUUAUUUGUCUGAAAAUCAGCUACAGUCCUUAAACUUACGGCAGAGAAAAGAACUGCUCAUCCAGGACGUGGUUCUGCUUUGUGAGAAGGAGCAGGCCAAUCUCGAAGAUGCCACCCUUCUAGACCUGACUUAUACUCAGUUACAUCAGCAUCAGAAAGUCUGGGAUGUGUUUCAGAUGACUAGAUUGCCAGGGGACGACAGCGAUGACCUCUUUGAUGUGGAACAGUUCAAACAGUCAUUCAAGAGAAUUCUCCGGAGAGCGUUAAAGAACGUGACGGUCAGCUUCAAGGAUGCGGAAGAGAACGCGCUUUGGAUUCGAAUCGCCUGGGGAAGCCAGUACAAACAGCCGAACCAGUACAACCCCACGUUCGUGGUCUACCACGCCCAGACUCGCUACGCGUUCGUGUCCUCCUCCCGGCUGAAGAGCAUCUCGUCCCUGCUGGGCCAGGCCCUGGUGGUCGCUAGCAAGCACCAUCAGAUUGUGAAGAUGGACCUUCGGAGCAGAUACCUGGCCUCUCUGAAGGCCAUCGUCUUCAAGCAGUACAAUCAGAUCUUCGAAACUCACGACUCCUCUUCACCUCUACAGGAAAGAAGCCUGAAUAUAAACAUGGAUCCAAGAAUCACUCAUGAAAACAUAGUUGAAAAAGAGAGAGUCCAAAGAGUGACUCAAGAAACUUUCGGAGAUUAUCCUCAACCAAGACUGGAGUUUGCCCAGUACAAGCUUGAAACGAAAUUCAAAAGUGGAGGAGGAAUCUUAGCUGACAAAGAAGAACCCCUCCGAUGCCUGGUAAAGUUCUCUAGUCCGAACCUUCUGGAAGCGUUGAGAUCCUUAGCACCAGCCGGUAUUGCUGAUGCACCUCUUUCUCCUUUGCUCACUUGCAUACCCAGCAAAGGAAUGAACUAUUUUAAAAUCAGAGAUAAAUAAGAUGCAUAGCUUUUCAAAAGCCC